AUGAAAAUACAAACCUUCUUUCCCCUAGUCCUGGUCCUAACGAGUCCCGUCCUUGCCGGCCCAGCAGCCUAUGGUGUCUGCCAAUCAGGAUGCGCGUCUGUGGUUAUGGCCUGCUACUCUGCUGCAGGUUUUACCUGGGGAGCGACUAUGGGAGCUUCUGCGCCUGCUUCCAUUGUGGCUUGUAAUACAGCGUAUGGAACAUGUCAGGCAGCUUGUGCUGCUACAAUCUUGGGUCCAACGCCUUAA